CUCUCAGCUUGCCCGCAAACCAGUUUCUGUUUUCUCGUCGAUCCACGUUGGACCCAAUCCAAAUCCCACCCUUACACACACGCACGAAAAAAAAAGAAGAAAAAAAGAGCAAUCUUUGUUUCUUGUUUUGUUUGAGACAGUUAAAUUGGAAGAAAGAUCCAAUCUUGAAAUAGGGAGGGAGUUUAACCUUACAGACAGGUGGAUCUAGUCUGUGCGCCUUCUUCACCGACCGCCCGCUUUCCUCUCCCGUCCCCUCUUCCUAUUUCAAAGCCCCCAUCUUUUUAUUCUUACCCAAUACCCAUCACCAAUAUUUAUUCCUAGUCCCAUAAUUUGUCCAAAGGUUUCCCCUUCCCUUGAACUACCCACCGAGAUUGUGUGCUUUCCAUCUAUCUUCAAUUGGGUUGAGCUGAAGAAUUUUGGGUCUUGCUCAGUUAGGCAAUCAAUAGCCUGGUUUAUCAUAUCCUUCAAUGGACAAGGUGAAAGUCACUCAUGAAAUGGCCCUGCCUGAAUCCCCCAAUAAGGAAUCUCCAAGCUCUGAAGCUCAUGUCUUCUCAAGCACAAAUGGAGAAGUCGGUUCUGGCAACAAGUCGUUGCCAUCGCAAGAAAAUUCAUCCGAACUUGUGACCCCUGAAUAUACUUCUGCUGGCCCGUCUUCAGAACAAGAUCAAACUCUUCAGAAAGACUCCUCUUCGACCUCUCCAGUAGCAGUAAAUGAAACCAAGAAUGAAGGAGAAGCAGUCAACGAAACCAAGAACCUAGAGGAAACUGUAGUUGUCAAUGAAACCAAGAAUGAAGAGGAAACUGUAGUUACCGAUGCCUCUGAUACUGGAGGGAUGCCAGAUAAUCUCGGUGUCGCUUCGACGGAAAACGAAACAACAGGAGAGAAUCCAGCUCCCCCUGCAAAUACUGCCUCAGAAGUGCCUGUUACUGUAGAAGAAGCGCAGGUUGAGACUCCGGUUAAAGUUUCAGAGGAUUCUAAGACAGAAUCAAUAAAAGAUGAGAGUUCAAAUUCCACGGCUAAUGUUGAUAUUGAGACUGUGAGAUUACCUCCCGUUGCCACUCAAGUGAAGAACUUCCUUUCUUCUACUUUCCUUGGCACGCCUCGAAGAAACGGUGGGAGCCCCUCUUUUGGGUCACCAAGGAUCGGGACACCUAGAAGUGCGACUGGUAAACAGGCUGGAGAAGGAAGGGGGCUCGUGGAUACAGCAGCACCAUUCGAAUCUGUCAAAGAAGCAGUCUCCAAGUUUGGAGGAAUAGUCGAUUGGAAAGCUCAUAAAAUUCAAACAGUGGAGAGACGGAAAAUGGUAGAAGAAGAACUCGAGAAGGCACAUGAUGAGAUUCCUGAGUACAGGAGACGAGCGGAGACAGCCGAGGUUGAGAAGCUUCGGGUAGUGAAGGAGCUUGACAGCACCAAGAGGCUGAUCGAGGAGCUGAAGCUCAACCUUGAGAGGGCCCAGACUGAAGAACACCAGGCCAAGCAGGACUCCGAAUUGGCCAAGCUGAGGGUGGAGGAGAUGGAGCAGGGGAUUGCCGAUGAUGCCAGUGUGGCAGCCAAGGCCCAGCUCGAGGUGGCCAAGGCCCGCCAUGCAGCAGCUGUCUCGGAGCUGAAGUCGGUGAGGGAGGAGCUCGAGUCUCUAAGGAAAGAGUACGCGUCCUUGGUGGAGGAGAAGGGGAUUGCCGUGCAGAAAGCCGAGGAGGCAGCUGCUGCCUCCAAGGAAGUGGAGAAGACAGUGGAGGAACUGACUAUCGAGUUGAUUACCACCAAGGAGGCCUUGGAAUCGGCCCAGGCAGCCCAUCUUGAAGCCGAGGAGCAGCGGAUUGGGGCAGCUAUGGCCCGGGAGCAGGAUUGCCUCAACUGGGAGAAGGAGUUGAAGCAGGCGGAAGAAGAGCUUCAGAAGCUGAACCAGCAGGUUCAGUUGGCAAAGGAUCUCAAAUCGAAGUUAGAUACUGCUUCAACCUUGCUCGUUGAUCUGAAGGCUGAACUGGCAGCUUAUAUGGAGUCGAACUUGAAGCAGGAGGUUAACGAAGAGUCCGAAGAUUCCGAGAAGAGGGCCCACAAUGAUCUGCAGGCAGCAGUUGCUUCUGCAAAAAAGGAGCUCGAGGAGGUAAUGCUCAACAUAGAAAAAGCGACUGCAGAGGUGAAUUGCCUUAAGGUGGCUGCCAACUCCUUGAAAUCCGAAUUGGAUAAGGAGAAAGCAGCGCUGGAGACCGUUAGGCAGAGAGAAGGCAUGGCUUCGGUUGCAGUGGCUUCGCUUGAGGUUGAUCUGGAAAGAACGAGGGCUGAAAUCGCAGUUGUCCAGGCAAAAGAGAAGGAAGCCAAAGAGAAGAUGGUAGAGAUCCCAAAGCAAUUACAGGAAGCAGCCCGGGAGGCAGAUGAGGCCAAAGAACUGGCCCAAUCAGCUCGUGAAGAACUUCGUAGAGCGAAGGAAGAGGCUGAGCAAGCAAAGGCUGGAGCAAGCACACUCGAGAGCCGACUGCAUGCUGCCAAGAAGGAGAUUGAAGCAGCCAGGGCCUCAGAGAAACUGGCCCUAGCAGCCAUCAAGGCCUUGCAGGAGAGUGAAUCAGCACUGCCCGCCAAUGAAGCAGACUCAUCCUCUUCUGGAGUGACACUGUCUCUCGAGGAGUACUACGAGCUUAGCAAGCGGGCUCAUGAGGCCGAGGAGCAAGCCAACGCGAGGGUGGCUGCAGCCAUCUCCCAAAUUGACCUGGCCAAGGAAUCUGAGCUUCAGAGCCUCAAGAAGCUCGAGGAUGCAAAUAAUGAGAUGACCCGACGAAAGGAAGCGCUACAAGAGGCCUUAGAGAAGGCUGAGAGGGCCAAGGAAGGGAAGUUAGGUGUGGAGCAGGAGUUAAGGAAGUGGAGAGCCGAACAUGAGCAGCAGCGCCGCAAGACCACCGCUGGUGCGGCCCCAGAAUCGUCCCAACCAGUUGCCAGCCCAAGAGCAGAUUCUAAACUUAACGCAAAUGCACCCAAUGAGUCGAACAACUUCAUAAGGAUUCCUGAACCAACCGUCCCCACCCAGAGAAUCUCGAGCCAAUCGAGUAAUUAUCAUGGGAGUAGCACUGAGACAGACUCUUCUUCCCCUGAUGUCAAGUAUGGGAAGAAGAAGAAGAGAUCAUUCUUUCCCCGGAUCCUAUUGUUCUUGGCCAGGAGAAAGACUCACUCACCCAAGACAGCGUAAACUCUCUCUUCAGUAAUGAUUUCCAUCCUUUGGGCUUAUCAAGUCUCUAUAGUGACAUCCCGGGUGCUCGUUUGGCUCCGGUUCUCGCUUUUACUUGAAGACACCAAUGCUGUUGAUAAUAGAUCAUCGUGUACCAUAAUUUCUACUUUUGUUACAGAGGACUUGCAAUGGUGGUUGUGGUUGUUUUUGAGCGGUUGAAUUCAUACAGAUCGGUCUGUUAUUUGUUGGGUUGAUGAACGGUGAAGGGAUACACAUGACACGGUCCUUCAAUGUAUAUGCUUGAAAUAUAGAAUGAGUAGAGCACUGAAGUUAUAAGUUCUGAUUCCUUUGGUUUGCUGUGAGAUAUUGACGAAUACGAAUUGUUUCUUUUUCUCUUGGCA